GUGUAAAGUCCUGACCCCGCCCACCAGCCCCAGCCUCAGCAUCCAGCGGUGUAUUUAAGGAAGCCCCACAAAUCUUGGUCCCUCUGUCCCAGUGGAAGCUUCUGUCUUGUGGUUCCUGCUUGAAGGCCAGCACCAGAGGGAAAACAUGUGUGAUGAUGAUGAGACCACUGCCUUGGUGUGCGACAACGGUUCUGGCUUGGUAAAAGCUGGGUUUGCUGGUGAUGACGCUCCUCGCGCUGUCUUCCCGUCCAUCGUGGGGCGCCCUCGUCAUCAGGGGGUGAUGGUAGGGAUGGGUCAGAAGGACAGCUAUGUCGGAGAUGAAGCCCAAAGUAAGCGAGGUAUCCUGACCCUGAAGUACCCCAUUGAACAUGGCAUAAUCACCAACUGGGACGACAUGGAAAAGAUCUGGCACCAUACUUUCUACAAUGAGCUCCGUGUGGCACCAGAGGAGCACCCCACCCUGCUGACUGAGGCCCCCCUCAACCCCAAAGCCAACAGAGAGAAGAUGACCCAGAUCAUGUUUGAGACCUUCAACGUGCCGGCCAUGUAUGUGGCCAUUCAAGCCGUGCUGUCCCUGUACGCCUCAGGGCGCACCACCGGAAUUGUGCUGGACUCCGGUGACGGCGUGACCCACAAUGUUCCCAUUUAUGAGGGUUAUGCUCUUCCUCAUGCCAUCAUGCGUCUGGACCUGGCUGGGCGGGACCUGACUGACUACCUGAUGAAGAUCCUAACGGAGAGAGGUUACUCGUUUGUCACCACAGCUGAACGGGAGAUUGUUCGAGACAUCAAGGAGAAGUUGUGCUAUGUGGCUCUGGACUUUGAGAAUGAGAUGGCCACCGCUGCCUCCUCCUCCUCCCUGGAGAAGAGCUACGAGCUGCCGGACGGUCAGGUCAUCACCAUUGGCAACGAGCGUUUCCGCUGCCCGGAGACCCUGUUCCAGCCAUCCUUCAUUGGCAUGGAGUCCGCUGGCAUCCACGAGACGGCGUACAACAGCAUCAUGAAGUGUGACAUUGACAUCAGGAAGGAUCUGUACGCCAACAAUGUCCUAUCUGGAGGAACCACCAUGUACCCGGGAAUUGCUGACCGCAUGCAGAAGGAGAUCACCGCCUUGGCCCCGAGCACCAUGAAGAUCAAGAUUAUUGCUCCCCCUGAAAGAAAGUAUUCUGUGUGGAUUGGGGGCUCCAUUCUGGCUUCUCUGUCCACCUUCCAGCAGAUGUGGAUCAGCAAGCAGGAGUAUGACGAGGCUGGACCCUCCAUUGUUCACAGGAAGUGCUUCUAAGUCUUCAAGCUGCAACAAAAACUCUAUCUUUCCAUCCAAACCUUUGCUAUCUGCUAUUCCUUUUGCUGUAUAUAAAUGUGCUGUUAUAAUAAACUGUGUUUGACAGCUUC